AUGAGCAGCUCCUCAGACCAAUCCGCCCAUCCGCCAUCAAAGCCUGCCACGGGAUGGAAAUGGCAUCACAAAGACUUUGCCCAAGUGCUGGGCGCCGACCCAGCCUUCCAGCUCGUCCUCUCGUCGCCCGACACGCCGUUUGCCCACGAGGCCGGCGUCUACAUCGCGGCCGACGAUGCGCUCUUCGUAACGAGCAACCGGCUGAUCCGCGACGGCCCCGGCGGCUCCGAAAAGACACAGAGUGUGCAAAUCUCCCGCAUCGACCUGUCGCCCACCCGUCGCAAGGACGGCGGGCUCGCGACCAGAGCGGACAUUCCCUGCGGCCCGAUUCACAUGGCCAACGGGGGCGUCAACUACCGCGACGGCAUCCUGUUCUGCGCGCAGGGGUCCGGAGCGGCACCCAGCGGCCUGUUCUACAUGUCCCGGCGCGCGCCGUUCUGCGCCGAGCCCGUCGUGACGAGCUACUGCGGCGUGCCGUUCAACUCGGUCAACGACGUCGUCGUGCGCACGCGCGACGGCAGCAUCUGGUUCACGGACCCGGCGUACGGCCACGAGCAGGGGUACAAGGCGGCCCCGUCCCUGCCGAGCCAGGUGUACCGGUAUGUCCCCGGCGAGAGCGGCGGGAGCGGCAGCAUCACGGCCGUGGCGGACGGCUUCGGCCACCCGAACGGGCUGUGCUUCUCGCCCGAUGAGCGGACGCUGUAUGUUACAGAUACGGACAAGGUCCACGGCGCCGGCCAUGUCCGUCCCGACCGGCCAUCGUCCAUAUACGCUUUUGAUGUCCGUGUCCGCCACGGACAGCCGAUUGUCUGUAAUCGGCGACUGUUCGCCUUUGUCGAGACGGGCAUUCCAGACGGCAUCAAGUGCGACACCGACGGUCGCGUCUACAGCGGCUGCGGCGAUGGGAUACACGUCUGGUCCGAAGGCGGUGUCCCGUUGGGGCGCAUUCAGAUCGCCGGCGGCGUGGCCAAUUUUUGCUUUGGUCGUCGGGGAGAAAUUUGGGCCCUGAAUGAGCAUCAUGUAUGGAGGGUCGCGAUUGCUUCGUCGAUACGCGGCGCUCUGCUAGCUGAUCUGUCGACGCAGGCCAAGAGCAGGAAGCGGUUCAUGUCUGUGGUGAGGAAGGGGUUUCGUAGCAUGUUUUGCUGA